AUGGUGACCAUUUUCAUGAGCACGUGCAACCCACAAGUCCUCAGCCUGAAGGAGGUGGAUGGAGAAACGUUCCUCUUUGUGGGCCAUGCUGGUCCCGCCAAGGAGAGCUCUGCCACCCUCUACCCAGCCUCCUUUGGCCGAAUAUUUCACACAGGACCCUCCAUCGUGACCCCUCCUAAGGACAUCUGGAAUGUGACAGGAGCACAGAUCUACCUGAGCUGUGAAGUCAUAGGCAUCCCAACCCCUGUCCUCAUCUGGAACAAGAUAAUUCGGGGACAGUAUGGUGUCCAGAGGAUGGAGCUUCUGCCUGGGGACCGGGAAAACUUGGCUAUCCAGACCCGAGGGGGCCCCGAGAAACACGAAGUGACUGGCUGGGUGCUCAUCUCUCCUCUGAGCAAAGAGGAUGCUGGAGAAUAUGAGUGUCAUGCAUCAAAUGCCAAAGGAGAGGCAACAGCUUCUGCAAAAAUCCACGUUGUGGAAACUCUGCACGAAAUAGCCCUGAUCAAAGAUGACGGUGCAGAGCUGUGAUGUGAGGACUUUCACUUAUGCAGUUUUAAAUCAGUAUUUUGGAAAGCUGCAACCUCUGGCUUUUUCUAGCUCACUAAUCAUUCCCUCUUAACUCCCUUGUUCUUUGAUUACCAAUUUGCUUGCACACUUCUUUCACAGAUACACAAAUAAAGAGAUUCACAAGUUUGAUUACAAAUUUUAAUUCUAUUUACAGGAAAUAAACAAUCUUUUGAACAGCACA